UGGGGCGGCGGUUGCCGGGGCAACUUGGUUGCCAAAGAGGCGGCGGCGCCAUGUUCAUCUACCUGAGCAAGAAGAUCGCGAUUCCCGGGAACAUUCGGCUGCGAUGCAUCUCCUGGAACAAGGACCAAGGCUUCAUAGCCUGCGGCGGAGAAGACGGGCUGCUGAAAGUUUUAAAACUCGAGGCGUAGGUGGACCAAAACGGCUACGAUCUGGAUACCUGAAACAACCUGGGAAUUCAUCUGAAGUUUAUUCGCUUUUACUAGAUGAAGCAAAACUAAAGGGUCUUGCAGCUCCUAGCAAUCUUUCUAUGAAUCAGACCUUGGAAGGUCACAGUGGUUCUGUGCAGGUGGUGACCUGGAACGAACAGUAUCAGAAACUAACCACCAGUGAUCAGAAUGGCCUCAUCAUUGUUUGGAUGCUGUAUAAAGGUGCUUGGUAUGAAGAAAUGAUCAAUAAUAGAAAUAAGUCUGUUGUUCGAAGUAUGAGUUGGAAUGCGGAUGGACAAAAGAUCUGUAUUGUAUAUGAAGAUGGGGCUGUGAUUGUUGGUUCAGUUGAUGGUAAUCGUAUCUGGGGGAAAGAUUUGAAAGGUACACAGCUGAGCCACGUAGCAUGGUCCUCUGAUAGCAAAGUUUUACUCUUUGGAAUGGCAAAUGGAGAAAUUCACAUUUAUGACAAUCAGGGGAAUUUUAUAAUGAAAAUGAAAAUGAAUUGCUUGGUGAAUGUAACUGGAGCAUUUAGUAUUGCUGGAAUACAUUGGUACCAUGGUGCAGAAGGGUACAUUGAGCCGGAUUGUCCUUGCCUUGCUAUUUGUUUUGACAAUGGAAGGUGCCAGAUAAUGAGACAUGAGAAUGACCAAAACCCUGUUUUGAUUGAUGCUGGUAUGAAUGUGGUUUGUAUCCAGUGGAAUCAUUGUGGAAGUGUGUUGGCUGUGGCAGGCUCCCAAAAAACAACUACCCAAGAGAAAGAUGUCAAUAUUGUUCAGUUCUACACUCCAUUUGGUGAGCAUUUGCGUACACUGAAGGUUCCUGGCAAACUGAUGUCAGCCCUGUCCUGGGAAGGAGGCGGAUUGAAGAUUGGAUUAGCUGUUGAUUCUUACAUAUAUUUUGCAAACAUUCGGCCAGAUUACAAGUGGGGUUACUGCUCCAAUACAGUAGUUUAUGCAUAUACUCGACCUGAUCGUCCAGAGUAUUGUGUGGUUUUUUGGGAUACAAAAAACAAUGAGAAAUACGUGAAAUAUGUCAAGAGUCUGAUUUCCAUAACUACUUGUGGAGACUUCUGCAUUUUGGCAACUAAAGCUGAUGAAAGCCAACCUCAGUAUGUGCUGGUUCUGUGCAAUUCUAUUGGUACUCCCUUGGAUCCAAAAUAUAUUGACAUUGGGCCGUUGUUCGUUACAAUGACCAAAACCCAUGUGAUAGCAGCUUCAAAAGAAGCUUUUUACAUCUGGCAAUAUCGUGUGGCCAAGAAGCUCACAGCAAUGGAAAUUAAUCAGGUGGCUCGGACUAGAAAAGAAGGCAGAGAAAGGAUCUAUCACAUUGAUGACACUCCUUCAGGAGCAGCAGAUGGGGUACUUGAUUACAGCAAAGCCAUUCAUGGAACAAGGGAUCCAAUUUCAGCAAUAACAGCAUCUGAUAAAACACUCAUUGUGGGCCGUGAAUCUGGCACCAUUCAGAGAUAUAGUCUUCCAAAUGUUGGACUAAUUCAAAAGUAUACCCUGAACUGUCGGGCAUAUCAGCUUUCUUUGAACUGCAACUCUAGUCGUCUUGCUAUUAUAGAUCUUUCUGGUGUUUUGACUUUCUUCGACUUGGACACACGGGUAACAGACAGUUCAGGACAGCAAAUUAUAGGUGAACAACUGAAGCUGGAGCGCAAAGAUGUCUGGGAUAUGAAAUGGGCCAAAGAUAAUCCAGACUUGUUUGCAAUGAUGGAAAAAACAAGAAUGUAUGUAUUCAGAAAUUUGGAUCCUGAGGAACCCAUUCAAACAUCUGGAUAUAUUUGUAACUUUGAAGACUUAGAAAUUAAAUCUGUACUUUUGGAUGAAAUACUGAAGAAUCCUGAACAUCCUAACAAAGAUUACAUCAUUAAUUUUGAGAUUCGAUCCCUACGAGACAGUCGUGCAUUGAUUGAGGAGGUUGGGAUUGAGGAGUCUUCCCAAUUCAUAGAAGAUAAUCCACAUCCCAGACUUUGGCGUCUCCUGGCUGAAGCUGCUCUUCAAAAGUUAGAUCUACCAACUGCUGAACAAGCAUUUGUGCGCUGCAAAGACUAUCAAGGAAUUAAAUUUGUUAAGUGCCUAGGCAAUCUGCAGAGUGAAUCAAUGAAGCAAGCUGAAGUGGCAGCCUACUUUGGCAGAUUUGAAGAAGCUGAAAGAAUGUAUUUGGAUAUGGACAGAAGAGACCUUGCUAUUGGAUUACGGAUCAAACUGGGAGAUUGGUUUCGAGUACUGCAGCUUCUGAAAACAGGUUCAGGGGAUGCAGAUGAUGCCCUUCUGGAACAAGCGCACAAUGCUAUCGGAGACUAUUUUGCAGACAGGCAAAAAUGGAUAAAUGCUGUUCAGUAUUAUGUACAAGGAAGAAACCAGGAACGUUUAGCUGAAUGUUACUACAUGUUAGAAGAUUACCAAGGACUAGAAAAUCUGGCUAACUCACUUCCAGAAAAUAACAAGUUACUUCCUGAUAUAGCUCAUAUGUUUGUGAGAGUGGGGAUGUGUGACCAAGCUGUGUCUGCCUUUCUGAAAUGUAAUCGCUCAAAGGACGCAGUAGAUACCUGUGUCCAUCUCAAUCAGUGGAAUAAAGCUGUUGAGCUGGCUAAAAAUCACAGUAUGAAAGAGAUUGGAUCACUUCUUGCUAGAUAUGCCUCUCAUUUACUGGAAAAGAAUAAAAUCCUUGAUGCCAUAGAACUCUAUCGUAAGGCCAAUUAUUUUUUCGAUGCUGCCAAACUCAUGUUCAAGAUUGCAGAUGAAGAAGCAAAGAAAAGGACUAAACCUUUGCGAGUUAAAAAGCUUUAUGUAUUAGCAGCUUUACUUGUAGAACAAUACCAUGAACAAGUGAAGAAUGUACAAAGGGGAAAAGUGAAAGGAAAGAGUUCAGAGGCUACUUCAGCUUUAGCUGGAUUGCUGGAGGAAGAUGUUCUCUCUUCAGCUAAUCGCUUCACAGAUAAUGCCUGGAGGGGAGCUGAGGCUUAUCAUUUUUUCCUACUUUCACAAAGACAGCUCUAUGAAGGUUAUGUAGAUACAGCAAUGAAAACAGCUCUUCACCUGCGAGAUUAUGAAGACAUUAUCCCUGCAGUUGAAAUCUAUUCCCUUCUGGCUCUGUGUGCAUGUGGCAAUAGAGCAUUUGGUAUUUGUUCAAAAGCCUUUGUUAAACUCGAGUCCUUAGAAACCCUUAGCCCAGAACAGAAGCAGCAGUAUGAAGAUCUUGCCCUGGAAAUAUUCACUAAGCACUGUCCUAAGCAUAGCAAAAAAUCGGAUCUGGAUGGCCUUUUAGAGAGUAGUGGAGAAGGAAAACUUCCAACAUGUGUUGCAACAGGAAGACCUAUCACAGAGUAUCAGUUCUGGAUGUGCAAUGUGUGCAAGCAUUGUGUACAAGCCCAAGAAAUAAGCAAUUAUAACUUUUGUCCUCUAUGCCAUAGCCCAGUAGCUUAGUAAGAAAAACAAAGGUAUGUGUAUGUUUGUUGUGUCUCAGACUGAUAAACAUAAGAGCAUACUUUGAAAUGUAAUGAUUCUGUUGUUGCUUGUUUAAUGUAAUUCAGGUAGUAUGCUGUUACAGUAUACUACUGUUAUUAGCAGAGAAAAAUCUCGAGAAAGAAGUGCAAGAGAACAAAGAAGGUGCAGUCUGUCAUAAGAAAAAGAUUUGUUAAGUGACAUUUGUAUGAAGUGGUUGAGGCUAAGAGCCUUUUUUCUUAUUGUAAACUGGACCUAAAUUUACAAACAGAUAUUCAACAUCCACCUUUCUCAGGCUGUUUACAUUGUCACCAAUGUAGUAUUAAGCAGCAGUAGUUAUUAAUUUUUCCCAAAUAUAUAGGUCAACCCUUGAAGAAGAAAAAUGGAAAUGAGUCUGUUGAGGAAGACACACUAAUUAUGUAAAUUUUGUUCCUCUAAUUGAAUGGUGGGGGCCUAUUCAAAUGUUGGCCGUAAGCUUAAAGCCCAGCUCUAGCUGACUGAAUAUUAGUUAGUAACC